CUGGUGUGGUCGCGGUCGUGGUGAGUCCUGCGCUGAACUCGGAGCCACAGACGCGCCGUAUGGAGCAUUAAGAGCAGGAUAAAAGCGCGCUCGACACCUCCAGCACAGCGGGCGUGUGUUCACACUUCUGCCCCGGGGACGGUUUGGUUAGUUUGCGUCAUGUCUCAGAGAGUGCGCAGGAACGGCUCUCCGACGUCCAGCUGCAGCGGCGGAGCGUCAGGUCUGAGCGCCGGGGUGAGUUUACUGAGCCGCCUGCUGCCCAUGAAAGCCACCGAGCCGUUCCAGCUGAAAGCACAGACACAGCCCCCUCUACCGGUCAGGAUGGCGCUGUCUAACGGGGGGAACGGUGCUACCUCAUCAUCACCCUCAUCAUCAUCAUCCUCCUCCUCCUCCUCUUCCACAGCGGCACUCAGGAGCAGCAGCCCACCUCUCCCUCAGUGCCCGCAGAUCACCGUGGCAUCAGCUCAUAACACUGUGCCUUCCCUCCCUGUACCCACUCACAGUGGCUCCCACUCUUCCUUCCUGCUGCUCAGUCCUCUGACCGAAUGCUUGCAUCCACCCGGCUCAUCAUCAUCCACCCCAUCAUCCUCCUCCUCCUCAGCGUCCUGUGGGCACAGAACCAAAGCCCUGACACCCACACAGAAGUGCUCACCCGAAAAUGACAGACUGUCCCCCGAGAGAAUAAGCCCCAGCUCGCCAGUCUGCAAAGAAAGGUGCAAAGUUCCACUGGCUGGUCCAGUGGGCAGCAGUAGCAGCAGUGCCAGUAUCCGCCGGACCUCGUCACUGGAUGCCCUUACCGGCCCCUACCUGUCGGGUCACUGGCCUCGCGACACCACUCACACACCCUCCGCGCCCUGCAUGAGAGACAAAGCCACCCAGACCCCCAGUGCCUGGGCGGACGACAGCGAGGAGAAGAGGCGGAGUUCUCACCAGCGCUCGGCGUCCUGGGGAAGCACUGACCAGCUUAAAGAGAUUGCUAAAUUGAGGCAGCAGCUCCAGCGGAGCAAGCACAUCAGUCGACACCAUCGAGAUAAAGAACGAAAAUCCCCCUUCAAUGGCAACCAUGCUGCCAUCAACCAAUCACAGGCUCCCGUUCCAAAGAGCGUUCUGAUCCCAAUCCCCAUCUCCAAGUCCUCCGUCUCACGCUUCCGCAACAGUGUCGAGGGUCUCAACCAGGAGAUCGAGCGCAUCAUCAUCCGGGACUCGGGAGACAAAGAUGAACAGUUUAUUCCUCACGAUGCCCCCGAUGGCCACCGUGCCCCCCCUCCACUGUGCCAGCGCAGUGCCAGCUCCCGGAGCAUCGACACACAGACACCCUGUGGCAUCAAAGUAAACAACAGCAAUAGUAACAGCAGCAGCCGGUCUCAGUCAGUCUCACCCGCCUUCCUAAGUGUGCCCAGUGAACCCUGCAGUGACAGCCCCUCUCCCAACGAGGAACCGCUCAGUGACUGUCGUGAUAAAGAUUUUACUACCAGUUCACCUCUGCCCAAGUACGCCUCCUCUCCCAAACCCAACAACAGCUACAUGUUUAAACGUGAGCCUCCUGAGGGCUGCGAGCGAGUCAAGGUCUUCACGGAGGAAACACAGGCCAAACCUUUCCAUGAGAUCCCACAGUUCCUGUGCCCAGACAGAAACAAGGUCAACUUCAUCCCCAACAGCGGCUCUGCCUUUUGUCUGGGCGUCCUUAAACCACACGGCUUGGUGACCUCCGAGGCUGAACACAGAUACCACGCCCUGGCACAGCAGUCUUCCUCUUCCUGUUCUUCCUUCUUCUCCUCCUGUUACUUCUGUGCCAGCUACACAAAGAGGACACAAAGAGCAUGAUAUGCAAUCAGUCACACAAUCAAUCAAGCCUCCUGGCAGUCCUACCCAUGGCACCGCGAAUGAGCACAGCACGCUGGAAACCGCAAACGUAGUCAAGCCUACAAAAGGAGAAAAAUAAAAGUAGUACUUUAUUUUGGUAAUGCAAGCUUUUAUUUGAUAAGAGAAGACAUUGCUAUUUGCUAUGCAGCUUUAUAGGUCUGUAUUUGUAGACCUGAAGGAUGCCUUUUGUGAGGAUUUGUGAUACGCAUAGAUCUAUUUUUACUGUUCCUUUACAUUUGUUAGAUGUGAUGAAUGAAUGUGUGAAUGAAUAUUUUUAUAUCUUCGCUAGGACUCGUACGAAGAGCUUAUUCUUUACGUCUCUCUUCCUAAUCUGAGUCCCGAGUGAGUGAGUGAGAAAAUGUACCAUUUUCUAAUAGCUUGCAGUGUAUCUCUGUUAGAGAACUCGAUUUGCCUUAGUUAGUGCAUCAUUGAAUACCAAUGAUAUCUGAAUAUUUUGGAUUAUCGGACAGGACCGAGAGACCUGGUAUGUUGAAACAGGGUCGAUGAAAGCCUCUGUCUUUAGUGAAUGAGUUUUUUUUUGAGUUUUUUACUACACUGAGCAGCAGAAGCAGGACUGCAGAAGAGACUUGAUGUUCAGACUGGUUGACGUUCACUGGCUGUACCUGCUGUCUCACUGACCGGUGAGAAUGGAGAGGAUAAGCACACGGCUUGAGUGUUUAGUGCUCAGUGUGUGAUGCUGUCUGAUUCAGCUAUAAGGACGAGCAGGUGAAAAGCUCUACAAUCCGGACACUUACGUUUGCUUGGCCAUUAACCGCAUUUGAAAUGCAUUGGGGUCCAAAUGCUGCACACGUCAGGGAGGAGUGACCGAUAAUAAAUGAGUGUACGAGUGAUUGA